AUGGGUGAUGAGGCUGGUUGUGUUCAAGAAUCAAGUGACAUGUCUAUUUCAAGCGAUGACGAUGGCAUCGAGCAACAAAAGAAAAGCAGCGUGGAACUUGAAGAGAACCAUGGUGCAUCCGAAGAAGAUGUGUUACUUGAAGAUCCUGAAUUGGGGAUGACAUUUGAUACUGAGAAUGAUGUGAGGGAGUACUAUAAAAAUUAUGCUAAGGCAAAAGGGUUUGGUGUGACAAGAAGAAGCUCAAAUAGAGAUGAGAAGGGAGAAUUAAGGUACCUUACACUUUGUUGCUCUCGUUAUGGGAAGACGGAGUCCAACUCAAAAAAUAUGUUGAAGCCAAAUCCAACAGCUGCGUUAGGAUGUAAAGCUAAAGUUAAUAUUGUUCGUGGUCCGAAUGGGAAGUUUCAUCUUUCGACAGUCAUUUUGGAUCAUAAUCAUAUAUUAAGUCCGCAUAAAUCUCGGUUAUUUAGAUGCAACAAAAGGUUGGACUUGCAUGUGAAGCGGAAGCUUGAGUUGAAUGACCAGGCUGGAAUACGAGUAAACAAGAACUUCAAUUCUCUUGUUGUGGCAGCGAAUGGUCAUGAAAAUAUGACUUUUGGUGAGAAAGAAUGCCGCAAUUAUCUAGAGAAAACAAGAAGGUUGAAACUUGGAAGUGGUGAUGCAGAGGCCGUUCGUGACUAUUUUAUGAAAAUGCAAUCAGAUAAUCCAAACUUCUUUGAGAAAUAA